AUGAAUUCAUUUUUUAUUCUGAAGAAGAUUAACAACACUCACUACAUUACUGGGCGGAGGAGUGAAAAACGUCUUCUCUUAUUCCACACAAUGAACUAUCAAGAGGAGGAUGAUUUAAAUGCAACACUUAUUCCGUAUCCAUAUAUUGCAAUUCCACCUCCUACACAACAACCAUCAAACAUGGAACUAUUCUUAUCACUUCUACACCUCCUCUGCCUUACUUCGAUUCUUUGUGGAAAUGUAUCACAAUUAGUACUACAAUUAUACACGAGAAGGUUACGAGAUACUACUCAUGUUCAGCAGUUUCUUGCUUUUUUCUUUUUAAUUAAUGCAUUUGUAUCACUUGGAACUCCAUGGAUGAUUGUGGAGACAUUAGUGAGACAUUGGACAUUUGGACAGAAUGCUUGUAGAGUAUAUCAGGCAACUGCUCAACUUGGAAGAACUCUUCUUCCAUACAUUAUUGUAGCUCUUUAUGUUAUUACGGGAAUGUCUAUAAAUCCAUCGAGAAAAUGUCGAAUUCGACAGUCCUUUAUGUCGAUGAUGUUUGUUAUCAUUUUUGCUCUUUUAGUGCUUUUCAUUAUAAUUCCAGUUAUUGGAAGCUCAACGUUAGAUCAACAAAUCCAUGGAAAUCAUUUACCUGGAGAACUAUACAGUGUCAUGUUCGAAUCUUUUUUCUGUGUAAUUCCAUUUGCUGAAGAAGUCUACACGGACGGAGUUGCUCUGUUUGUUGAAGUUCUUGUUCCGAUAGCUUUGUGCACUGUGUGCGCCCUCAAGCUGAAAAUGAUUACGAAGGAAAUUUCGACAGUUAUUUCAAUUAAUUCUGUGAAUUAUUAUUUGUUUUGGAUAUCUAUUAUUCAUUUUUCUACAAGUUUCUGGUAUUAUUUUUCCGUCGAAACAAAGCAAUGGAUUUUUGAUUUUCUACCAUCUCCAAUGGAUUAUCGUGAUAUUAUUUGUCUUCUUCCAUACAUUUCAUCGUCUCUUACGUGGUAUCCUGCAUCGGACUUAAGUGCCUUUUGGUCAUUACAUGAAAAUCAUAGCGAAAGUCCUGAAUCAUUUCCAAGUCGAAAUUCUUCCCGCCACGUUCGUCUCGUUGUGCCUUCUUCAGCUAGUGCAUAUAGUAAUUGUCAUAUGCCACUGAGCUCACAAAAUACCUGUGAUGUCUGA